AUGAGGAGAGUAAACAUGGUCUAUCUAUCUAUCUAUCUAUCUAUCUAUUUAUCUAUCUAUCUAUCUAUCCUACCAUCCAUCCAUCCAUUCAACCAUCCAUCCAUUAAUAAAUCCAUCCAUCCAUUAUUAAAUCCAUUCAUCCAUCAUCCAUCCAUCCAUCCAUCCAUAUAUCAUCCAUCCAUUAUUCCAUCCACCCAUCCAUCCACCCAUCCAUCCAUUAAUCCAUCCAUCCGUUUAUCCAUCCAUCCAUCCAUCCAUCCAUCAUCCAUCCAUCCAUCCAUCCAUCCAUCCAUCCAUCCAUCCAUCCAUCCAUCAUCCAUCCAUCCAUCUAUUGAGUUAUCUAUUCAUCCAUCCAUCCAUCCAUCCAUCCAUCCAUCCAUCUAUUCAAUUAUCUAUUCAUCCAACCAUCCAUCCAUAUAUUCAAUUAUCCAUCCAUCCAUCUAUUCAGUUAUCUAUUCAUCCAUCCAUCCAUCAUCCAUCCAUCCAUUAAUAAAUCCAUCCAUCCAUUAUUAA